CUAUUUUUUUUUAGCAACCUUUUGGCUUCUGCUUCUCCUCUCAAGUCUCAAUCCAAAAGAACUACCUACUACAGUACUACAUAGCUAUUUUCACAUCGAUCAUAUGCGAAAGUGCUUCCAGAGGCCCCUUUUUCUUUUAGCAACAAACUGAGAUCAGAGCUUAUUCUAUUGUUGCAGCAAGCUGGUAUUAGAGCUUCCGCUGUCACAACAGUUACAAAAAUGGGUACUAACAUGUCAAAUGGUGUAAGCUCCAUCACUAUUGUUAUUAUCCUUUGCUGUAGCCUUUUGCAUCUGGUUGAUAUCCAGGCUGCACCACAAUUUAAUUUCAGUGAUUUUAAUCCGACGAGGGAUAAUAAUUUGUUGGAGUUUUUGGGGAAUGGUUCGGCUAUUGAUCAGGGAGCCCUGCAGAUAACCUCAGACACAACGAACGAUGAGUUCAGCCUCCGCAACAGUUACGGUCGCAUUAUGUAUAAACAUCCUUUCAACAUGUGGUUGUCUGAUGAAAUUCAGGCCUCAUUCAAUUCCAAUUUUGUCAUCAACAUAUUUAGAAAGCCGGCGUGGAAUGCUGGUGAGGGACUUGCUUUUCUCAUUGCUCCCGAUCUCUCAAUCCCUGAUGCUAGUUAUGGGCAAUGGCUUGGCCUCACCAAUGCUACCAACGAUGGUAACCAUACCAACCAGAUUGUGGCCAUAGAGUUUGACACCGAAAAGCAAGACCACGAUCCUAAUGGCAAUCAUAUUGGCCUCGACAUCAACUCUGUUAAUUCAACUGCGACUGUCCUUCUUGAUAUCGAAUUAUCCCCAGAAGUAGGCACCAAAUACAGCGUCUGGGUGCAAUACAAUGGCACGUCGAAGGUGAUGGAGGUUUACAUGGUGAAAGAAGGCCAACCCAAGCCUGAAAAGCCUCUUCUUAGCAAGACCAUAAGCCUGAAAGAAUAUGUGAAUCAAAAAUCCUACUUUGGUUUUGCUGCUUCUACAGGUAAUCCACAGAUUGAGUUGAAUUGUGUAUUGAAAUGGAGCUUAGAGAUUGAUGACCUACAAAAGAAAAGUGAUUUGCUUUGGUUGAAGAUAGGCGCUGGGGUUGGAGUUCCAUUGGUGACAUUGUUGAUCCUAUGUGGGGUUUUAUAUUUGAACAAGAGAAAAAGAAGAGGAAGAGGGGGUGAUGAGGAGUCUAACGUGCUAGGCACACAGUUGAGAUGGUUGCCUGGGAUGCCAAGGGAAUUCAAGUACAAAGAUUUAAAGAAGGCCACCAACAACUUCCAUGAGAGUAUGAUGCUGGGUCAAGGUGGUUUUGGUGUUGUUUACAAAGGAAUUCUGCAGGACAAGGAUCAUAAAUCUAGUACUGAAAUAGCUGUCAAGAAAUUCUCCAGAGACAGCAUUCAAAGCAAAGAUGAUUUCUUGGCAGAGCUCACCAUUAUUCACCGUCUCCGCCAUAAACAUCUUGUCCGCUUAGUUGGGUGGUGCUACGAGAAAGGGAAGCUACUACUAUUGUACGACUUUAUGCCAAAUGGUAGUCUUGAUAAGCAUUUGUAUGAGGCUUCCAACCAGAACACUUUGAAUUGGAGCCGUCGGUAUAGGAUACUAGCUGGAGUAGCAUCAGCAUUGCAUUAUCUGCACAAUGAGUAUGAUCAGAAGGUAGUGCACCGCGACCUCAAAGCCAGCAACAUCUUGCUGGACUCUGACUAUAAUGCUCGCCUGGGCGACUUUGGCCUUGCCCGAGCCUUGGAUAAUGAAAGGAACUCCUAUGCUGAACUAGGAUUAGCUGGAGUUCCGGGCACCAUGGGUUAUGUUGCUCCUGAGUGCUUCCACACAGGGAGGGCCACCCCUGAAUCUGAUGUGUACGGUUUUGGAGCAGUGGUGCUUGAGGUUGUCUGCAGCAGAAGUCCUGGGAUUAGUAUCAAUCACCAUCAGCGUCCCUAUUCAUUGGUUGAUUGGGUUUGGAUGUUACAUCGCGAAGGUAGCAUUGAAGAAGCUAUAGAUGAGAAGCUUGGCAAUGAUUAUGUGGUUGAUGAAGCAAAGAGGCUUUUACUUCUAGGGCUUGCAUGUUCACAUCCCAUUGCCAGUGAGAGGCCUCAAACGCAAGAUAUCUGCCAAAUCAUAGCUGGAACUAUGCCGGUCCCUAAUGUACCUCCAUUCAAGCCUGCUUUCACAUGGCCUUCGAUGGUUACUGCCUUCAGCAGUACUGACAGUUCUUUUUCUAAUACAUUUUCUUCCUGAGGUUCGUCAGUAGCAUGGAUUAUGACAUUAUAGCAGAAGGCUUCCUCUCACCCCUGGAGUCAGUAGGCACU